GGAAAGAAUAAAGCCUCCACUUAUCCCAGAUGAGCUUUGGAUGGAUCAUUUCUAGGCAGCCGUGAUCUCGAUUUUUCUGGUUCAAGAACAGGCAUAGCCAAGAGAAGCUUCCCGACCUACUGCUGCCACUGAAUUAUCGGUUCUGACUUCCAGAAGAGUGGCAGACUGAGAGCAAGAGUAGACUAAGAUCAGGAUACAUCAGAGCGUGGAGAUGGACGGAAAGGGUCAACCCGCAGAUGGGGACACUGAUUCCAGGCCUCUCCUGAACUCAGAGGAAGAGGAAGAAAUCGGUGGAAUGCUGAAUAUUCAGUGUAAUUCAGCAGAUCUUAAAGGCAAAAGGCCUUUCCACGUAGAGCCCACCAACAUCGUGAACGUGAACAAUGACAUGCAGAGAGUCAGGCCCCACGCCUCAGCCAUGAACAAACGCAUUCAAUACUACAGUCGACUCACCUCUCCUUCAGACAAGGCUCUGAUUGCCCCGGAUCACGUCCUUCCGGCCCCCGGAGACCUCUAUUUUUACAGUCCGUUAGGUUCUGCUUUCAAACUAGAGACCUGUAGCGACGGUCAUGGUAAAAACAGCAGCUUAGUAACUAUUUUCAUGAUCUGGAAUACUAUGAUGGGAACGUCUAUACUGAGUAUUCCGUGGGGAAUAAAGCAGGCCGGAUUUACUGCUGGAAUCGGUCUCAUAGUGCUGAUGGGCCUGCUGACACUUUAUUGCUGUUACAGAGUGGUGAAGUCACGGACAACGAUAACUUCAGUCGAUACCUCGGUCUGGGAAUUUCCUGAUGUGUGCAAGUACUAUUUUGGCUCCUUCGGGCAUUGGUCCAGCCUCGCGUUCUCCCUGGUGUCUCUCGUCGGGGCCAUGAUCGUUUACUGGGUGCUUAUGUCCAAUUUCCUUUUCAACACCGGGAAGUUUAUUUUUAAUUUUGUUCAUAAUAUUAAUAUCACAGAUCCCGUUCCCGGUACCAAUGACAGCAACAGAGUGAUUUGUCCCGGCGCCGGCGGCCAGCCCUCUAACCACAGCACGGCGGUCAUCCUCUCCAACGACACCGGCCCGCAGCAGUUCGACAGGUGGUGGAGCAAAACUCACACGGUGCCCUUUUACCUGGUGGUGAUCCUCCUGCCGCUGCUCAAUUUCAAGUCUCCCUCCUUUUUCGCCAAGUUCAACAUGCUAGGCACAGUGUCGGUUAUUUAUCUGGUUUUCCUCGUCACCUUAAAAGCUGUUCGUCUUGGAUUCCAUUUGGAAUUUCACUGGCUUUCACCAACGGAGUUUUUUGUACCGGAGUUCAGAGUUCUAUUCCCCCACCUAACCGGAAUCCUCACCCUCGCUUUCUUCAUCCAUAACUGUGUCAUCACGCUCUUAAAGAACAACAAAAACCAAGAAAACAAUGUAAGAGACCUGUCGAUUGCUUUCUUUCUGGUGGGAUUAACAUACCUCUACGUUGGCAUCUUGAUUUUCGCAUCGUUUCCCUCUCCACCACUGUCCAAAGAAUGCAUUGAACAGAACUUUUUAGACAACUUCCCCAGCGGUGACAUCCUGUCGUUCGUCGCGAGGAUAUUCUUGCUGUUCCAGAUGAUGACCGUCUACCCUUUGCUGGGCUACUUGGCCCGUGUCCAGCUGAUGGGACACAUCUUUGGAGAAGCUUACCCAAGCAUUAUCUACGUACUGCUUCUAAACAUAACCAUCGUGGGAGCCGGAGUGAUCGUGGCAUGUUUCUACCCGAACAUAGGCGGGAUCAUAAGAUAUUCGGGAGCAGCAUGUGGCCUGGCCUUCGUGUUUGUGUAUCCUUCCCUCAUCCACAUGAUCAGCCUCUACCGGGAAGAGCGGCUGACGUGGCCCACGGUUUUCUUCCACUCUUUCGUCAUUUUCCUGGGCCUGACUAACAUGAUCGCACAGUUUCUGAUGUGAAAGCCUCAGCUUCAUUUUCCCAAGACCUCCCUCGGUUCUCUUCCAAUAAAGCUGAAAUCACGCCGGGAGCCUGGAAAUGAAACUUCCUCCCCAGCUCCAGUGUGGCUCCACCUUGGUUGCCUUGAAUGCUUCCUUUUUAACCGCCGUCGGAGGGCUUUCUCAUUGGUGGUUCCGAGAAACCUCCGCCGGGACAAGAGAGUUGGCACUUUCGUCCUUUAAAGGCCUCUGGUUGAGGAAUUGACAUCUUCAAGUGUGUAAAGUAAUGACCCCUCUUUGGCCAGAAGAAAUGUAACUGACAGUUUGAUGAUGACUGAUGGCGCCGACCUCAGAUACGACCGUAAGCUCGUUGUAGGAAGGGAAAGUGUCUACCACCUCUGUCCUACUGUACUCUUCCAAGUCCUUCAGUACCAUACUCUGCACACAUUAAGGUGUUCAAUAAAUACCACUGAUGAUGAUAAGAUCGGGGAAAAAUUGCAGAUAAAUGUGCCCUUUCCUAAAAGGGAAGCACUGCUAUUAAAUGAGACAUCCACUACUGUGUACCACUUCAAGCCAGAAAUCCAGUUGUUUUUUUAUUUAGCAAACGUAAGGGUUUGUCGUCUUUAUGCUGUCAAGUCACGUCUGACCCUUAGUGACGCCAUGGACACAUCUCUCCCAGGACGCCACGCUCUCCGUCCGCCAUUGUUCCGAUAGUGUAUCCACAGGGUCUUCUUGGUAAAAAUACGGAAGCCGUUUACCGUCGCCUCUUUCCGCGCGGUAAACCCGAGUCUCGCCUCGACCCUCCCAAGCCGCCGCUGCCCGACGCAGGUGAGUUUGACUUGCAGCAGGUUGACUUCCACUCGUCGGCCACUGGCCAAGCUAGGAAUGGAAUGGACAGGCCGCUGCCUGACUCUCCCUCCCGUAGUCGAGACUGGUAGAGGAUCGGAAACUCUCCAGGUGCGACUCUGCGAGGUGAAAUAUAAGGGUAUCUUUUCAUUUUAAUAUUAACACAGGUGGAAGUUGAAUUUUUUGUUUGUGUAGUUUCUUUUGGCUUCAUAUCACCGUCCAUCUCCCGAGGCAGUUUAGGGCCGAGGGAGGUGGUCCUCGACGGGGCCACUGAAACAGAUGGAGCAGUCAUGAGCUUGACGUGCUUCAUUUCAUCCCGAGAAGCGUCCAAGAUGUUAGAGUUUUGGCGUGAUCCGUCAGAUUGGCUCCCACCAGUCAUACUUAAGUCUGACCGAUUGCGUUUCACAACAAAUUCUGAGACUCCAGUUUUGCUGAGAGGUGUUUAUCUGCAUCUGUAUUCCAUUUCUGGUCUCUGCCAAGAAAGGCAUUUUGCAUAAAUACUGGACACAUUGCACAGGCACAUUGCUCAGAACUGGGAAGUAAUAAUUAGCAACAUAUUGAAAAGUGCAUUCCAAAAAGAUGCAGCUAAGCGCAACAAAUGUGACUCUUUCAAGUGUCAGGGUUCGAAGAACCAGACAUCCUUGUCCCCUGCACUCACUGAUAAGAUUCGGGAUUAUGGACACUGGAUAUUUUUUACAGUAUUUGCCACCUUCUUACUUUACGCCAAUCUAAACCUGCUUUCGAGGCAAGAUGAGGCUUCGUCUUUUCGGGGCAUUUGGAGUCAAACCGGUCUGGAUGGCUAGCUCACUUCCAAACCUGGACGAUACCCACAAUAGAGUGUUACGUCCAUUUAAGUGCCAGAGACAUCUUCGUCUCCUCGGACACGCGCACGGACUGUCCCGGCUCUCCCCUCAUUUUACAGUUGUCCGCUGCCGGCGGAUUAUGUAAUCAAGCGUGGCAAAAUAGCACUAAGAAGAGCCUCGAAACCCAAGCUGUCGUUCUCCAAAAUGUAAUUUAUUGUCUUUUUAUACAUAAAAAUAAAUGAAAUCAAAAUUAUUUCCGAAA